AGCGACAGUCAAGUUUUUGCUUUGACAGCGAGCGGACACGGUCUUUGGGUAGUAGGCGCGACUUGUAAACUUAUACUGUGAGUGUUUGUGUAUAUUUGUGUGUUGUUAGCAAAAAGUUACAGCAACAAGAAGAAAUUGUAAUUGGAAACAUUCUACUUGAAGUAAAAAAAACACAAACAAAGUAAACUAAAAUUGCACGCAAACUCGAUGUUGUUGUAUGCAUUCUUCGCACGUGUUUUUGCAAAGUAGAAAAAAUUUUAAAAAUAUAUUUUUUACAUACAUAUUUUGGGAGCAAUCAGCAGUGCCAAUAAGCGCGGCCAUUUUUUUUAGUACGCGUAGUUUUUUGUAGCUAAUUGUAUGUGUGCGCGUUUUUUCGUAUUUCGUGCGACGGUGUGCCCGAAAACAAAGAAUGAAUGUAGAAGGAAAGUAGAGAGAAGAUCGAAUUGAAGGAGGAGCUGCAAAACCACAACAGCAAAGAAAAAACAGUGCCAGUUGAAUUUCUUCGCUAAAUGUGUUCGUAAAUUUGUGCGCGUAGGCGUUGAAUUUGUAAAAAGUGGAGCAGAGGAGCUGAAAGUCGCUUACUUUUUUCGCAAGUAUUACGAAAAUCAACAAACCACGAGCAUUGAAAAUCGACUACAACACCAACGCAAGAAAGCGGCAAAGACGAAAUCUAGAAAUAAGCGCCAGUUGUAAGCGAAAGCAAAUUAGAGAACAUAGAAAGACGAUAUCGCGAGAAAAAAACGCUGAGUUCAUUAAAUGAAAGCAACACAAACUUCCUAACUAACAAGUGCUCGAAAUAUAAGAACAAUAAAAUUGUAUUGUCGGAACGUUGAAAAAAGGAACAUUUGAAAAAUUCGUUGGAAAAACUGCACUGGCGUGUGACUAUUAAUAUCAAAAAGCUGUUUACUAUAGAAAGUACCUGAGAGGAAAUUGUACACAGUUUGCGAUACCACGUGCUUUUAUUAAUUAGUGGCGCUGCUACUGAACUUUGUCAACAGAAAAGCGCCAAACUAUUCACCACCUUUCGCUCACUGCUUUCUAGAACUGUUUGGAUACUUGCGUUUUGCUGACACAACGUAUAUUAAGCUGACGAAAAAAAUUUAGCUGGCGCCACCAACCAACCAACCAACCAACCAACCAGUUAACCCAGACUGGCAAUUGGCCAAGCCGCAAAGCAAAGAAAUUCGCCGCAGUUUUUUACCUAUCGCCGUACGUUUAACACACGCACUGUUGCCCAGCACCUGACGAACGUGUAACGCGCGCACUUCGAGCGACUUUACACCUACGCAUAGCCACUACGCAUAGCCUAAAACGGCAACUCCUCACCAGAAAAAUGGCCGAACUUCCCGUACCUACGAGCGAUUACCUACAUCGUUCUAUUGAUCAGCUACGCUCGAUGAAUGAGCGCAAUGUACUAUCAUCGCUGAGUCACCAUCUAACGCCAAUGGAAUUGCGCAAUGCCGCACAGUUGGCAGCGCACGAUUACAAGCCAUUCAAUAUCAAUGAGUUUCGUCAGAAUGUUGAACGUUUGGAUUACUCGUUGAAGAAUGGCCUUAUACAACAGCAGCAGCAAUUGCUUGCCGAUCAUCAGCAACAACAGCAGCAGCAACAUCAACAACAACAACAAGCGCAUGAACAACAACAGCAACAUCUUCAACAGCAGCAGGCGCAGCAACAACAACAGCAGGCGCAGCAACAAGCAGCGGCGCAUCAGCAACAGCAGCAACAACAACAGCAACAGCAGCAGCAGUUACAGUUAAAACAAUCAUACAGUCCACCAAAUUCACCGGCCACACCCACCAUGACCGAACAGCCGGAACAGAAGUAUGAUCCACAUGCAGCCGCUGUAGAACAGCAGCAGCAGCAGCAACAACAACAACAACAACAACAGCUACCCGUCAGCCAUAAACAGCCACGCAACCAGCAGGGUUCCCCCGAUGGUCGCGACGCAAAGCCUUACAAAUGCACGCAAUGUACGAAAACCUUCGCUAACUCCUCUUAUCUAUCGCAGCACACGCGCAUCCAUCUCGGCAUUAAACCGUACCGCUGCGAGAUCUGCCAACGCAAAUUCACGCAGCUAUCACACCUGCAGCAGCACAUCCGCACCCAUACUGGCGACAAGCCCUACAAGUGCCGCCAUGCCGGCUGCCCCAAAGCCUUCUCGCAGCUCUCCAAUCUGCAAUCGCAUUCGCGCUGCCACCAAACGGACAAACCCUUCAAAUGCAACUCCUGCUACAAAUGCUUCACCGACGAACUGACGCUGCUCGAACACAUACCCAAGCACAAAGACUCGAAGCACCUGAAGACGCACAUCUGCAACCUGUGCGGCAAGUCGUACACACAGGAAACCUACCUGCAGAAGCAUUUGCAAAAGCACGCCGAGAAGGCGGAGAAGCAGCAGCAGCGGCAUGCAAAUGCGAAUAGCAACGCGCAACACCAUGUGCCCGCCGGCGGCAUUGGCCUCAAUUUGCAGCGACAGGUUGUGAUGAAUGCCGCCGCGGCCGCUGCAACAAGCGACCCCAAUUCGUAUUGGGCUAAAGUGGGCGCCGAUAGCGCAGUGAAUGCCGCCACGCUGGCCGAAGCUAUACAGCAACAACAACAGCAAGCAGCCGCCGCCGCUGCAGCAGCCGCAGCGGCCGCACAACAGCAGCAACAGCACGCGGUGCAGAAUGGCUACAACUUCGCAGCGCUACAGCAGCACCAACAACAACAACAGCAGGAACUGUUGCAACACCACCAGCGACUGGUGAACGGCGGCGCGGGUAGUGGCGGCGAUAGCGCCGGCAGCGGCAGCACGCCCAAUCACUCACAAUCGCCCAACGACGAGGGAGAAGAUCUGGUGAUGCGCCAAACGCCGCAACAUCACCUGCAGCAACAACAGCAACAACAACAACAACAACAGCAGCAUCAACACCAACAAUCGCAUUCGCCCAAUCCGCUGCUGAUGGGCAACGCAGCGGCAGCAGCAGCGGCGGCGGCGGCCGCAGCCAACUACGAUGUGAAAACAACCAGCGCCUUUACGCCCAUCAACACGGCGCCGCCACAUUUGAACGCGCUAGCUGCGCAACAGCGUCCACCCGCCGCCGCAGCGUACCUGUACCAGCAAAAUGCGGCGGCAGCAGCCGGUUUUCCAACGCAACUCAUCUCGCUGCACCAGAUACGCAACUAUGCGCACCAGCCGAGCGCAGCGGCUGCCGCCGGGCUGUUGGCCGGCGAUCACCUGCUCGGCUUGACUGGUGUGACUGCGGGCGGUGCCGGCAAGGAUAAGGGGCAAUAGUACGGCGCGCAUCACAGCGGUGAUGGCAACAAUAACAGCGGGUGCCGAGAUAGCGGCGGCGGCGGCCGCGAUGGUGGUAGUAGUAAAAGGAAAUCGAAAAAGCGGCAACAUGAGCGCGCACGUGAACGCAGUUGAGUUGGUGGCGAGGAGGAGAGCAAAGGAAGGCACAGAUUUCUUGGCCAGUCGGCAGGAGGGCGCGCAGCGUAGUGAGGCCGUAAGCAUGGCGGCGCGCAGCGGCAGACCUAAAGCAUUAAUAGGGUAACAGCACAAACACUCAGGUUUUAAAGAUGAUUUCAACAAAGCAGCAAUAGUAGAAAACGAAACAAAGCAAAGCGUACAAGAAAAAAAACAACAAAACAAUCUACAGUAAAGUAGACGCAGCCGAAGCAUUUAGCUGCUGGCAGCAAAUUAAUUUGCGCCGCAAAUUAUACAGAAAAAAAAACGAAAAUAAAAACAACACAAAAAAUAGCUAGCAAA